AUGUCGUUGUACCGUUCGCCUUCCGCAGCUCUUCUCAAGAGCCCAUCGCAGGCCGCUUUUGGCGCCCCAUUCGGCAACAUGUCCGUUGCUGAUCUUGGAUCGCUCACCAGACUCGAGGACAAAAUCCGACUUCUUCAAGAGGAUUUGGAGUCCGAGCGUGAACUUCGCAACAGAAUUGAGCGCGAGCGUGCUGAUUUGUCAGUUCAAUUGAUCGCCCUCACCGACCGCCUUGAAGAUGCCGAAGGAACCACCGAUAGCCAGAUCGAGUCGAACCGCAAACGCGAGGGUGAGCUCAUCAAGUUGCGCAAGCUUCUCGAAGAGUCGCAACUCGAAUCCGAAGACGCGAUGAAUGUGCUCCGCAAAAAGCAUCAAGAUGCGGUGCUCGACUAUCAAGAUCAAAUCGAGCAGCUUCAGAAGAAGAACGCCAAGAUUGACCGCGAGCGUCAACGCGUUCAACACGAGGUCAUCGAGCUGACCGCCACCAUCGAUCAACUCCAGAAGGACAAGCACAACGCGGAGAAGGCCGCCGAGCGUUUCGAGGCGCAAGCCAACGAUUUGGCGAACAAAGUCGAAGACCUCAACAAGCAUGUCAACGAUUUGGCCCAACAACGCCAACGCCUUCAGGCCGAGAACAACGAUUUGCUCAAGGAAGUGCACGACCAGAAGGUGCAGCUCGACAACCUCCAACACGUCAAGUACACAUUGGCGCAGCAGCUCGAGGAGGCCAGACGUCGUCUUGAAGACGCCGAACGCGAGCGCUCGCAAUUGCAAUCGCAAUUGCACCAGGUUCAACUCGAGCUCGACUCGGUUCGCACUGCGCUCGACGAGGAAUCGGUGGCGCGAUCGGACGCCGAGCACAAAUUGAAUCUCGCCAACACUGAGAUCACCCAAUGGAAGAGCAAGUUCGACGCCGAAGUCGCCCUCCAUCACGAGGAGGUCGAGGAUCUUCGCAAGAAGAUGCUUCAGAAGCAGGCCGAGUAUGAGGAGCAAAUCGAGAUCAUGCUGCAGAAGAUCUCGCAGCUCGAGAAGGCCAAGUCACGACUUCAAUCCGAAGUGGAAGUUCUCAUCGUCGAUUUGGAGAAGGCUCAAAACACGAUCGCAAUCCUUGAACGCGCUAAGGAGCAACUCGAGCGUCAAGUCGGAGAGCUCAAAGUUCGCAUCGACGAACUCACGGUGGAAUUGGAGGCGGCUCAACGCGAACUUCGCGCCGCCAACGCCGAAUUGCAGAAGAUGAAGCACCUCUACGAGAAGGCCGUCGAGCAGAAGGAGGCGCUUGCGCGCGAGAACAAGAAGCUUCACGACGAGCUUCACGAGGCGAAGGAGGCGUUGGCCGACGCGAACCGCAAACUUCACGAGCUCGACUUGGAGAACGCGCGACUCGCCGGCGAGAUCCGCGAGCUUCAGACCGCGCUCAAGGAGGCCGACGCGCAGCGUCGCGACGCCGAAAAUCGCGCUCAACGCGCGCUCGCUGAGCUUCAAGCGCUCCGCAUCGAAAUGGAGAGACGUCUUCAAGAGAAGGAAGAGGAAUUGGAGGCGCUUCGCAAGAACAUGCAAUUCGAGAUCGAUCGUCUCACGGCGGCGCUCGCCGACGCGGAGGCGCGCAUGAAGGCCGAAAUCUCGCGCCUCAAGAAGAAGUACCAGGCCGAGAUCGCCGAGCUCGAGAUGACCGUCGACAAUUUGAAUCGCGCCAACAUCGAAGCCCAGAAGACGAUCAAGAAGCAAUCCGAGCAUCUCAAGGUUCUUCAGGCGUCGUUGGAAGACACGCAACGCCAACUUCAACAAGUGCUCGACCAAUACGCGUUGGCUCAGAGGAAGGUCGCCGCGCUUUCGGCUGAACUCGAAGAGGCCAAGACCGCUUUGGACAAUGCGAUCCGCGCUCGCAAGCAGGCCGAAAUCGAUCUCGAGGAAGCCAACGGUCGCAUCAACUUGCAACGAGUCCGCAGAUAUCAGCACGAGCUCGAAGACGCUGAAGGACGCGCCGAUCAAGCUGAGAGCAGUUUGCAUCUCAUUCGCGCCAAGCACCGCUCAUCAGUUGUCGUCGGAAAGUCCGCAUCGAAGAUCUUCGUCACAGAAGACGACUACUAA